AUGGAUAAUAGCCACAUAAAAGACAAUCCAGGCUAUCUUAGGAUGAGGACACAUCAUUCCUGUGAAAAGCACCUAAGUCCUACCAUUAAGCUCUGCUAUCAAGCAAGUGAAUACUUCUCCCCUCCCUGCCCCCCAUUGAUCUGCCCUCCAUUAUCACCCUCUCCGGAUGGAAAUGGUGGCUUUUAUAAAAUCAAGGACCUCUUACAGACACAAACAGGUAACCAACCCCCAUCCCCACCCCCAUGGCUUCUGAAAAAUCCUAUAAAUUACAUCAAAAGUGAGUCAUUCCUCCACUUGACUGUCAGCAACAUGGCACAGGAACUGUUUCCUUUUUACUCACCACCCUGUGCCCUGAGCCGGGCACCCAGCAAACACUUCAAGCAUUAUUUGUUGGAUAAAUGCCUUUGUUAA